AUGGGUAUUAAAAAAUUGCUAAAGAUCAAACCUCCCGAGGAGCAAACCCAUGACAAGAAUAGGGAGGAGUUAAUGGAACUUGGUAUUACUACUAAGAAUCCUAAUAAGAAGAAAAGAGAUAAAUUCGCAGCUUAUGGUCAAUACGCAAGAGACAAAUCAAAGAAUAAAGUAUACGCGCCUCCAGGAUAUGAGCCAUACGCGACAGGUGAAAGUGAAGAUUUGAAUAAAAGUGAACUUGACAGCUCCGUACAAAAUAGUGGUUCAGAUGGAUCUAGUUCCAACCCUUACCAAGUUGCUGGUAACGAGGCCGAUCCAUAUGCCGUUAAGGCGGGAGAUGGAUUGAGUAGUGAUCCAUUUGCAAAUGUUGGUGCAGGUGCCUUGGGGAUUGGCUCUCGUAAUUUUGCUAGUGCUUAUGAUGGGUUAACUUCACAUUCUCCAAGACCUAGUGCUGGUACUAGUCGUGCUGGUGCUGGCACCGGUACUUCUAACAAUCCGUACAACGAUGUUCCUGCAACCACCAAUGUGGGGAAUAGAAGAGCAGGAGGGUCGCCAGGAGUUGAAGCUGCUAGAAGUAAUCCGUACGGUAGACGGGCUGCUGCCGGUGCAUAUCCUUCCGCUGCUAUGGGCGGUGAGGGUCCUCCUGCAUCCACUGGUGGAAAUCCGUACUCGUCGAUGGGUAUCGAUGAAUACAGUGAUGGUAUGAAGCAACCAAACUUAGAUUUCGAUCUAGAUUUGAAUGAAGGUCCAAGAGAAGGAGAAUAUGAUCCGAACCAAGUCGCAGUGGAUGAGGAUCUAAAUGAAACGAUUCAAGACCAGAGUGAUAAUCUCAAUAAUGCCCCCACUUCACAAGAACAAGAGCUUUUGCCCAAGCCAGCCCCUCAACGACAACAACAACAACCAGCACCUCAAAUGUACAAUCCCCAACCUCAGUGGCAGUUUGAAGAGGAAGAGGUUGAACAGAGAGUACAAGGUCAAGAAAUGGGUGCUUCCAACCGCGGAUACAAAACUUUUGAAGAGCUACAAAAAGAGGAAGAGGCAAGACAACAACAAGAGGAGGACGAAGCUGUCGAUGAAGUUAAACAAGAGAUCAGAUUCACCAAGCAAGGAUCGGUUCAAUCUACGCGUAAUACUCUGCGUAUGGCACAAGAAGCUGAAAUGUCAGGUAUGAACACAAUAGGUAUGUUGGGACAUCAAAAUAACCAAUUCGGUGACAUCGAAAACAAUCUGGAUUUAAUGUAUGCGCAUAACCGUGUUGCAGAUGAUAAAAUCGGUGAAUUGAAGAAGUUAAACAGGUCUAUGUUUGCCGUUCACGUUGGUAAUCCGUUUACCUCUCGGCGCCGUGCGCGUGAAAAGGCAGAAACUAUGAAGAAUAGAAAGAUUGAAGAGAAGAUGCUACAGCAGGAAAAAUUACAAGGCGUUCAAUCGUCUACAAAACGUGUGGAAGGUGCGCUGAGUCCCGGUAAUGAACCCUUAUCCACCAGCGAUCGUUACAAGAGGGAAGAAAUCUUGAAUCGUGCCAAGAGGUAUCAAUUCGAAGCCGACGAGGAAGAUGAUAUGAUGGAAGUUGAAAUCGACAAGAAUCUGGACCAGAUCGGACAAAUUAGUGGCCGUCUAAAGAAAUUGGCCUUGGCUACAGGUGAUGAAAUUGAUGCACAGAGGAAAAGAUUGGGUAAAAUGGAAGAUAAUGCCGACGAUAUGGAUAUUCGUCUACAUAUGAACACUCAACGUAUGGCGGGGAUUCGUUAG